AUGAAUUCUUUCGAGGACGAUUUGUUUGGCGACGAGAAGUUCCAUCACCGUAUGCCUUCGCAUCAAAGUGAAAAUACUGCUGCCGAUGAGGACGAUUUUUACGAAAAACUAGGCGGAAGCCUUUAUGGUGGUUCCAGCACCACAAAUUCAACAGCAAAGUCUCAUAAUCUUCGGUUCCAAGAACCGGAUCGCUUGAACACAUUUUAUGAGUAUCCAGAAGCAGGCGACAUGUCAUACUCUGGAAUCGAAUAUCCGCCUUCGGCUUACAAUCGCUACAGUCGUAUAUCGACAGUGACACCUGACUUAGUCAACCCAGGAUCACCGCCUGCGGUUCGUAACUCUCAGUAUCGCUUCCUGAAUGUGUUGUUACCUGGUCAGAUGGAAACAAACGACUAUAACGUUAAUCUUUUGGAAGAAGCAAAUGAAACGGAUGAUCCAUUUGGUGACGACGACUCCUUGUUCUCUGACACAGGAGAGGAGCCCGUGCGCAAAGCAAAUACGCUUCGUCGCAGAUUUGGCGAUGCCGAUGAAGAUGACUUUACGCCUCGGCUCAAUUACACUAAAACUAUUAAGAGAGCAAAGUUGGUUCAUGGAAAUUAUGUUAUUGAUGCUCCGGUGCCUAAGAGCUUGCUUGAAAAGUACGGUCAGCUGCUUGGUGAUAGCAAUGAGACGUCUUUUGUGCGGUACUCUGGUGUGACUUGCGGCCCUUCAAAUUUCGGUAAGUUCAACUACAAUCUCAGACAAAUGCUUUAUUCCCCUCCACGUGAAACGGAACUCAUGGUCUGCAUAACCAUGUACAAUGAAGAUGAGAUAUUACUUGGAAGAACACUUGAAGGUGUGUUCAAUAACAUCAAGAACCUUACAAACAGACGGGAAGCAACCUGGGGUGAUGGUUCGUGGAAGAAGAUUGUCGUGGUUAUAGUCAAUGACGGUCGUUUGCAACUUAAUGAAAGAACCCAAAAACUCCUCACUGCUCUCGGUGUCUAUCAAGAAGGUUAUGCCAAGUCCAAGGUUAAUGAGAAGGUUGUCAAAUCGCACGUUUACGAGUACACAACUACAGUGGGUAUUGAGCAGGUCACGAAUGACAGAGUUCACUUGAAUGUAAAUCUGACACCAGUGCAGCUUAUUUUUUGCUUGAAAGAAAAGAAUGCAAGAAAGAUCAAUUCGCAUCGUUGGUGCUUACAAGCGUUUGCAUCGCUUCUCAAUCCAAAAUUGGUCAUGUUGUUGGAUUGUGGUACUAAGCCUUCUAAGGAUGCAUUCUACCACUUGUGGUGCUCUUUCAAGGACCCAAAUGUUGCUGGUGCAUGUGGAGAAAUGAGAUGCGGUUUGGGUCCUGGGAAGAAACUUUUGCUUAACCCAUUGGUGGCGGCGCAAAACUUUGAGUACAAAAUCUCUAAUGUUUUGGAUAAACCAAUGGAGUCUGUAUUCGGUUUUAUUUCUGUCCUUCCUGGUGCCUUUUCUGUUUACAGAUGGGAUGCCUUAUUGAAUGUCGAUGGACAGGGACCUUUGGAAAAGUAUUUCAAGGGUGAGUUUUUGCAUCUGAGUACUCAAAUUGAUGACGAAGAGGAUGAUGAGAUCGAGCUCAAGGAAAAGAACUUUCAAGAGGCCGGUAUCUUCACUUCUAACAUGUACUUGGCUGAGGAUAGAAUUUUAUGUUUCGAGUUGGUGGCCAAGAGAGAUAAAAAUUAUGUUUUGAGAUACGUUAGUGCUGCUAAAGCAGAGACUGAUGUUCCAGAACAUAUUGAUGACUUUGUCUUGCAGCGUCGUCGUUGGCUUAAUGGUUCUUUGUUCGCGGCUGUAUACUCUAUCAUUCACUGGACUCAGCUUUGGCGCAGUAACCAUUCCCUUCUCAGAAAACUUUGGUUUCAACUUGAGUUUUAUUACCAUGCGCUUACCGUCUUGGUGUCAUGGUUUUCUUUAGCAUCUUUCUUCUUGGUGUUCCGUAUCUUGACAAAAAACUUGGGUUCUAAAACUGUCGGAUUCACGCUUGGAAAAUAUUUGUCCAUCAUUUUCUUGUGGAUCUAUGUGGCAUGUUUGGUUUGUACCUUUGUUUUGGCUUUUGGUAAUACUCCAAGAGGUACACGGAAAUUCUAUUUUACGAUCACAGUUUUGUUUGCCAUUAUGAUGGCCUAUUUGCUUUUUGCCGCCGUUUAUUUGGCAAUCCGUACGGUAAAGCUCGUCAUGGACCAAACGCAUAAUCAUUUCGAGCCAUCCAUGCUUUUCCUGAAUGAAAAGUUUAGAGAUUUGGUGGUUUCCAUGCUUAGUACUUAUCUCCUCUAUGCAUUCGGAGCCAUUUUGCAUGGUGAACCAUCAUUCAUGUUCACAUCUUUCUUACAAUAUCUCAUGCUUUCGCCAUCAUACAUCAAUGUGUUGAACAUUUAUUCCUUCUGUAACAUUCACGAUAUAUCGUGGGGUAACAGAGACGUUCCUCAAGCUAAGGACUUGGGCUCAGCCAAAAUUACCGACAGAGGCGGUGAAUUGGUUAUGACUGUGGUUCCAGCAUCGGACCAGGAAUUAGAAGAGAGCUACAAUGAUAUUUUGGAAGACUUGAGGGUCCCACCACCUGCUGUUAUCUCUACCCCAAACAAAAAGCAACAAGAGGACUCUUACCAUGCCCUUGUACGUACAAUCACCGUUUUGGUUUGGAUGUUGACAAAUGGAAUUUUGGUGGCUAUCGUUUUGAGUACAGGUGGUGUGAAAGAUAAGACAUGGAAUGCUGACCACAAUUCCACCAUUUUCUUGACUGUGAUUUUGUGGGUUGUUUGUGGUUUGGCUGCAUUCCGUCUCUUUGGCAGUCUCAUCUACGUGAUACAAAAAAUGGGAAGACCUAUGAAGUGGUGGAUACAGAAGAGAAAAACGGUGGAUUAA